AUGGCCAAGAAUGACGCUGUAAUUCAAAGCCAGGCAGCUUCUCUUCGGAAUUUGGAAAUUCAAUUGGGGCAUUUAGCUAAUGACUUGAAAAAUCGACCCCAAGGUUCCUUGCCUAGUGACACCGAAAAUCCAAGGAGGGAUGGAAAAGAGCAGUGCAAAGUGGUGACUUUGAGGAGUGGGAAAAAUCUGGAGUUAAAUGAGGAGAAAGAUAAGAGAAAAAACAAGCCCACUUCAAUCCAAAUUGGUGAAGAAAAGAGGGAAAACUCAGCAAGUUCAGCUGCUGAAUUUACCCAGAAUGCUACAGCAUCAGUUCAGCAAUCUGCGGCAGAAAAGUGUUUGAGCAAGCCACCUCCACCAUUUCCUCAAAGAUUUCAAAAACAGCAACAAGAUGGCCAAUUCCGAAGGUUUUUAGACAUUUUGAAGCAACUCCAUAUCAAUAUACCACUAGUGGAGGCCUUGGAGCAAAUGCCAAAUUAUGUAAAGUUUUUGAAGGACAUUUUGACUAAGAAAAGGAGACUUGGUGAGUUUGAAACGGUGGCCUUGACGGAAGGCUGUAGUGCCAUGUUGAAGAGUAAAAUUCCUCCUAAGUUGAAGGAUCCGGGUAGCUUUACAAUUCCUUGCUCUAUUGGUGGAAGAGAUGUGGGUAGAGCUUUAUGUGACUUGGGAGCUAGUAUUAACUUGAUGCCUAUGUCUAUUUUUAAGAAGUUGGGAAUUGGAGAAGUGAGGCUAACUACAGUCACUUUGCAAUUGGCAGAUCUUUCUAUGGCACACCCGGAAGGAAAAAUUGAAGAUGUUCUAGUGCAAGUUGAUAAGUUCAUUUUUCCGGCCGAUUUCAUCAUUCUUGAUUAUGAAGUGGAUAGAGAUGUUCCCAUUAUCUUGGGUAAGCCAUUUCUAGCUACUGGGAGGACCUUGAUUGACGUGGAAAAAGGGGAGCUCACAAUGAGAGCUCAAGAAGAACAGGUAACUUUCAAGGUAUUCAAUCCUAUACGUUCUCCAGAUGAAGUAGGAGAUUGUUUGGCCAUCACUGUCAAGAACUCUAAUAUGGAGGAAGAGGUACCCACAAGGGGGAAGAAAGGAAUCUGUAAUAUGGGAAGUUGGACAAGCUCGGUUAUAAGACAGAGAAUUUCCAAAAAGCUGGAAAGUCCCAGUUGUUAUAGCAUUGCUUCAGCAUUUAUCAGGGACGCAGGAGGAAAAAAAUGCUAUGCUAUAGCAUUGCUAUAUCAACUGGGAGCAUGUUCUUCUGAGAAAGUUUGA